AUGAAGCUGUACCUGCUGCUGACACUCCUACUGGGGGCUGUGCUCCCUGUACCACUUCCCCAAAGGCUCAGCGGCUCAGUCCCUGAGGAUUUCUCUGCUCCCCUGGAGCUCCCACAGCAGCACUUCGGCCUGGUGGACGAUUAUGGCAUUAAACCGAAGUACCCCCGGUUCCAGACUCGAGCACCCCGGAAGCAGCCAGCAGGCCUGCACCGAGCACACAAGAGCAAGCGGGAUGAGCCAGACUUGACAGAGUAUUAUUAUGACAAUGUCCUGUGAGCUUCCCAGGGACUUGGUGCAGUGGGGGUCUCCAUGAGCCCUAGGGACUCCAGCUCUGGCCCUGUGCACUAGUUGCUUUAUAAAAGGUGUGCUGUACAGCAAGACAGACUGAGGAGCUGCUCAGUGAUGGCUGCUGGGGUGGGGUGGAAAGUGAAGGUAGAGGGCUGCCCCUGCUUCAGCCUAGUCCCCCUUGUCCCAGGGAUGUUUCUUCAGCUGCUGGAGAUGGUGUAGCUGAAGAUGAAGCCCCUAAAAUUACUCCUCCCCCCUAAUGAAGGCAGCCUGUCUCCACCCGAGUGCCGAGGGGGGGAUCCCAGGCAGAGAGAACUGAGAUCACUCGUCCAUAGAAAGCCAUUCUGUGCAGCCCCCCCGGCUGCCACGUAAGCUUCUCUGCCAUGAUGCUCAAUCUACUUUGGGCUUGGAGGUGCUGGGUGGGGCUCUCUGAAGAGGCCCCUGGGAAGGAGAAAAUGGGCAGGAUGCCUAUGUAACAAGGCUGUGACAGAGGAGC